AUGACAACCCCACCGUUGCGGGGAUUCGCACCCGACCAAUGCGAGCACUUGGCCGCUCCAUCGGUUCCCCAAUUCGUCGUCUCAUGUGCGUUGAUGGGAUGGCUGCUCAUCUGCUACAUUCCGCAAUAUGCGCGCAUCAUCUCGCGCAGAUCGGCCGAAGGCCUCUCGACCUACUACGUUCUGCUGGGCUCGCUGUCGGGCGUGUGUGCCGUGGGCAACAUCAUGAUGCUCCCGUCCAGUGCAGUGGAAAUCGGGUGUUGUAGGACAAACACCCGCUUUGCCUGUAUCAGCGGUCUCUUGGGCAUGGUCCAGGUCACGUUCGGCAUCGCGUGCUUCUGGGUUGUCAUGUUCAUGUACGUGUACUAUUCAGAAGAAGAGGCCGACGCAGAAAUUCACGGCAGGAGAGCAUCCAUAUCUGGGCCUGACCGCACAUUUCGUCGUGCUGCUCGAGCAAUCCGAGUCCUCAUUGUCGCAUGCGGUUUCGCAUUCAUAGUGCUGCUGGUCUCGGCCAUCAUCCUGCACCGCUUUCCGUGGGUCGCUCAGACGUGGGCCGACAUCCUCGGCGUUGCUGUUGCCGUGUUCGCAUGUGUGCAAUGGGUUCCUCAAGUGCGGACGACGUAUCAUCUCGGCCAUCUGGGGAGUCUCAGUCCGCUAUCAUUGUGUCUGAUGGCGCCCUAUACCUGGAUAUUUGGCAUCAAUAUGAUCAUACGAGUCGGACUCGCCGGUUGGAGCGCCUGGAUCGUAUACGUCCUCGUCGGGACAAUGCAGAUCAUCUUGAUUGUAAUGGCCAUCUGUUUCACGGUUAGAGAUCGCAGAUUGGCCAAAGAAGGAAAACAACACUGCGCUACGCCGGCACAUCUGGAAGGCUGGGCGGCGGACAAUUUCACUCGCCCACGCACAGGGUCAAUGAUGUCCCAUGCACAUUCGCACCUAGCCCCAGAUGAACGACGCCCGCUGCUGCAUCAGCACAGCUCUGAACACGCCACCACUUCACCAAGACGUUAG